AUGCUGUCUUGGUGUCUCACAACCAUCACAUAUGCCACACGACAAACUAACGUGCUCCAUGAUACAUGUAACAGGAGGCCCGACGACACGUCGACCACCAAAGACAAGAUCAAGUACUACACUGAUCUGGCGCGGCUCGCUGAACGGGGUAAGAUCUCGGCCAUCUUCUUCGCCGACUGGUUCGUCGGCUUCGACGUCUAUGGCGGAGAUCUGAAUGCCAUGCUUCGAUCGGCCCACCAGGUCGCUCACCUUGAUCCCCUGCUCGCGGUGUCAGCCAUGGCAGCGGUCACAGACAAUGUUGCCUUUGCCGUCACACAGUCCACGACGUAUGCCAGGCCAUAUGUGCUGGCAAGGCAAUUCUCCACCCUCGACCAUCUCACCGGCGGCAGAUGUGCGUGGAACAUUGUCACCAGCUACACCAAGUCGAGCGCAAAUGCCAUGGGCGAGGAGAACAUCAUCCCGCAUGAUGAACGCUAUGUUGUUGCUGACGAGUUCAUGGACGCUGUAUACAAACUCUGGGAAUCUUCAUGGGCACCAGACUCGGUGAUUCUUGACAAGACCACCGGCAUGGGCUUUGACCCGGAUAAGAUCCAAAGAAUCGAGCAUAAAGGCAAAUACUUUGGCGUCUCUGCUCGUUCCCAGGUACACCCUUCUCCACAGCGAACGCCAGUGCUCUUCCAAGCCGGCACCUCGAAAUCAGGCUCGGCGUUUGCCGCCAAGCAUGCCGAAGCCGUGUUUCUCAACACCUUCAAUGUCUCCCAGGCCGCCAAAACGGUUUCUGAGAUGCGUGCGGCCGCUGCCGCCAAUGACCGCGACCCCCAAAGCAUCAAGUUCUUCCCCUGUAUCAUGCCCAUCAUCGGCAGGACCAAGGAGGAGGCACAGGCCAAGUAUCAACGAGCGGUCGACAACGCCGACCCAGUUGCCGGCCUGGCCCAGUUCAGUGGGUAUACGGGGAUCGACCUGGCCCCUUACCCGCUGGACGAGCCGAUGGAUCUCAGUGGCAUGUCGCAGGCCAUGGCAAUCCAAGCUGUGUUCAAAGCGCUCGAGGCCAGCGAGAAAGAGGGCGACAAGCCGUGGACCCCCAGGCGGUUGGGGAUGCAAAUGGCCUUGGGCGGUCUACAUCCCUGCCCGGUGGGGACGGCCGAGGAAGUGGCAGAUGUGUUUCAGCAAUGGGUGGAGGAGGCCGACGUUGAUGGAUUCAAUAUUGGGAGCGUGACGAAUCCUGGCAGCUGGGAGGAUGUGGUCGAUCUCCUAGUGCCGGUCCUUCAAGAAAGGGGGAUGAUGUGGAAGGACUACGCCGUUCCUGGGGGCACCUUUCGAGAGAACCUCUUGGGCCAGAAAGAGUUGAGGGAUGACCACUAUGGCUCCAGCUUCAAGUGGAAGGGCCCCAAUGCUCCUGUUGUCGACAAAGUCAACGGGGAGAAGCAGAAGGUCAAUGGUGUUCAAGAGGUCACUUGCUAG